AUGGCGCCCAAACAGCAGCUCGAAUUUCCCAUCGAGCCCAAGCUGGGCACUGGCCUCCGCCUGUUUUUUUACUCACAGCUAUUCGUCACCCCGCCCUUCCCACAAUACUCAUUUGCUGGACAAACGGUCAUCGUCACCGGCUCCAACACUGGACUUGGGCUCGAGGCGGCGCGUCAUUUCUAUCGCCUGAACUGCGCUCGGCUGAUUCUCGCCGUCCGCACGAUUACCAAGGGCCAGAAGGCCAAGGAGGAGCUCUUGAAAAGUGUCCCGACGCGGUCAGACCCCGAUGCGAUCGAAGUGUGGGCGCUGGACCAGUCGAGCACUGCCUCAACGCUUGCGUUCACCGACCGGGUAAAAACAGAGCUGACACGGGUCGACGUGGUCGUCGAAAAUGCGGGCAUCAACUCGGGUGACUGGAACUUGUGUGAGGGCUUCGAACAGGCGGUCCAGGUCAACGUGCUCAACACCUUUCUCCUCGCUCUCGCCCUGCUACCUAAACUCAACGAGACGAAGAGCAAUUACCCGGAUUCCCUGCCGCAUCUAGUGAUUGUGAGCUCUGAGGCGCACCGCUUGACUAAAUUCCCCGAGAUCAACGCCCCGGAUCUGUACGCCCAGUUAAACGAGAAGAAGGACUUUAGUCAACAACCGCGGUACCAGGCCACCAAGCUGAUCGAGGUGCUCUUCACCCGCGAACUCGUCGCCCGGCUCAAGAAUAAGAAAGAAACCACCACGCCACCAGUAAUCAUCAACCUAGUGAAUCCAGGUCUUUGCACCUCUAACCUCGACCGCAGCGGCGCGAAGCCGCCGGCGAUCAUCCGCUUCAUCCGCUGGAUCCUAGAUCGGACGACCGAAGUCGGCGGCCGGACGUUGGUGCUAGCCGCUGCGGCUCCCGUCAGUUCGCAUGGCGAGUUCCAGAGUGAUGGCACGAACCAGAAUGUCGAGUCAUGGAUCUAUACCGAUGUAGGACGCCGGGCGCAGACCAAGGUCUUCGAGCAGACGAUCAAGAUUCUCGAAACCCGCCAACCAGGCAUUUCCCACGCCGCGGGCCUGUGA